AUGGAUAUCCACACAGAACCUGGACACGGCCUUGUGGACCGCGUCCAGGCCAUGCUCGAUUCUGCACAAGUGCUGCACAUCGCACCGGAAAAGUGCAUUUCCCGCCAUGACGAGAUCCUGGGUGAGAAGACGGAGCAAAAGCUCUCUUUGGGAGCUGACGGGAACAUCAAGAUCACGAAGCAAGCCUCGAGUCUCCGGUGCGAGACUACCGGCGAGCUCAAGCUUCGCCGGUGCUUCCUGCGCCGGGCCUUAGCGUUCGAUCAAGUAGGGCUCGCCUCCUUCACUGCAAUGGAGUCUUGGCACAACCGCAUGUUCCAGGCUCUGCUUGAUGUGCCUCCGGCGGGUUAUCGCUACACUACCGUUCAGCAGCUGCUCGCAGCUGACCAGAAGCUUUGGCAGGUGGUGGCCCAGGAGAGCCGAGGUGACAUCGUCGUCGGAGUCGGAGCCCCGGCUCCUCUUGAUAAGCACAUAGCCGCUGCUGCAACCAAUCAGUUUGUGGUAUCCUGCCUGACACACCUUCCUAAGCCUGCCGAGAACCAGGCCCAACCGUGGAAGCCGAAUAAGGGACCCGACAAGGGCAAUCAGAAGGGAGAGAAGGGUACCAAGGGCAAAGGCCGCGGCAAAGGGAAGCAGAAUCACAGCCAGGGCCAGGCUGAUGCCUCCUCGCAACCGUCCCUGAAGGAGCUGCUGGAGUCGUUACCCGAGGGCUGCGUGCGGGCCAACGAUGAUGGGCGUUUCAUCUGCCCAUUUUACAACAAGGGGAUCUGUCGCUUCCAGAAGCGCAAGUCGUGCCGCUUCGGAAAGCAUGUUUUCGCCAAGCAAAUCUUAGCUCAGAGCACGCCUGUUACCGCUGAGCAAGUGAUGAGGCUUUUUGAUGCCUUGCCGCAUGAGCAGUGCGACCGAGACGCCGAAGGGCGCUCAUUUUCGGCAGGGAUGUACUCUCGAGUUAAGGUGAGCCGUACGCACUCGGCCACACCGAGACAGUCAGAAUUCCUUUUCUCCGACAAUUAUGUCAUUCCUUUGACCGUUUUCCAAGGGGGAGCUGUCAGGGUAAGCGAGCCAGGCCAGACUGUGGACUUGGAAGUGUCUCGCGGGCCCAUUAAAUUCUGUGCGCGAGGGUAUGAGCAUUGCACUCUGCCAGCCACCGGGCGCCGAGUUGUUUUGGUGCUUUUUGCUUUGCAGGCCGGAGAGCGAAUCUCCGGAGCCGACAAACAGGUCUUGCUUGAUUUGGGCUUCCCGUUGCCCAAUGCUUCGCAGUUAGCUUCAACUGAGGUCUGCUCAUCACAACAGCUUCCAGUGACUGACCAGAUGAGUCGGAUUCUCCCCCUGAAAGAGCCAGCUCCGCCUGCCUCCGAGCAAAAAUCAUUUCCCUCGUCCGAGUCUUCGGAAUCCGACCAGGUUUCAUCGGAUCCCGGCGAUCCCAAAUCACCGCCUUGUCCGGAUCCCAGUGCACAUCAGCGAAGUGCCGCUUCCGCCUCGUUCGGGACCGUUGAGGGCUGCAACCCCCUGUCGAAUCAGGGCCCCUCUUCGGUCCCUCGUCCGCCCAUGCUGGCCGAUUGCCUCGCUGUCUCGGGAUCUUUAUCGGCCGCCGCCCUGCAGGCUGGUUGGGAUGCCUUGCCAUUGGGCCACAAACGUGGUGCCCCUGAGUGCUGUCCCCGAGUGCCGAUUGACCUCUCCGCGAAAGAUGAUCUGAAAACAUUGCUUGACUUUGAUCGCCAUACACUUGUCGACUGGUGGCAUUUCAAUCUGUUCAUGAAAUCUUGCAAUCAGGGGCGUGAUUCUCGAGGACGUGCGAGCCUUCGUGACGCCUCUCACUUGCUAGGGCGCGACGGCCUUCCUGCCCGCGCCGAUUCGCUGGUGCAGCAUGAAAACAGUUUACUGCAAGCCGUGGUCGACCUGCUGUUCCGAGCUUAUGAGACUCGGGCCCUGGUCAGCUUGAUCGGGCCGGCCCGGAGUUGGGUUUGGAGCCUCUUAGCCCACUUCGUCAAGCAGAGGCAGCAUCAGGACUUUCUGCAAUGGUUCUUCGCUUUGGCCGAUCAGGAGCUUGAUACUUGCAUGUUCGGUGCCCCAUUCUUGACAUCGCUGCGCAUCCGAACGGGUUUCAGUGAUGCCUCCCUGCCUGCUGAGCUGUGCCGGACCCUGUGUGUGUAUUUCUCCAUGGAGGAGCACCUGCAUCGCGCAUGUGGGCUGACCUGCCCAGCUGACAACAGUGCUCGUUUGCCCGAUGCUGUUCGCCGCAACAUUUUUGCCACGCUCACGGAAGGCCCAGUGGCUGUGUCAAAGCGGCGGAUGCUUGAACUGAAAAAAUUGAAUGACCGGAUGGCGGUGCUGUCUGCCACUGAGAAAGAGCUUCGAGCCAAAAUGCAUCCGGAUGUGGAGCGAGUCACUAAGGGCAAGGCCCUAGCUUUGUUUCGCGAGCUUCUUGAGGAAACAGGCUUUCCCGACAUGUCAGUGGUCGACCUUCUUACCGACGGUGUGCCCUUAGUUGGUCAGGAAGCUGAGUCCCCUUUGUUUGCAAAGCGGCCGAAGCCCAUGGACCUUGAGCCAGAUCAGCUUAAAGCCCAGGCCCUACUGCGGCGGCGCGCAUUGCAGAAGAUGAAAGGACUUGUUUCCGAACAGGAUUACAAGGCGAUGAAAGAUGAGACUUCCGAGGAACUGGCAGAGGGUUUCCUCACGGGUCCAUACCACUCGGAGCAGGAAGUCAGCGACAUCUUGAAGACCGAUGCUUGGUCGCUCUCGCCUCGUUUCCUGUUGAGGCAGGGCGAAGACGCCAAGAUAAGGAUAAUUGACGACUUUAAAAUGUCGGCGGUUAACAGGGCCUUUGGUUCCUCGUCUUUCCUAGAGCUUCAGGAUACGGAUUACGCGGUCGGCCUCCUGAGGUUCCUUUCCCGUGUGCUGCAGGAUCGCUCCAAGGUCCGGGUCCCCUUGUCUGAUGGCACCGUGCUCGAGGGGAACUGGGAUCCCGAGAUGCUCCGCCAGCCCGCUCUACUCGGCAAGACGCUGGACUUGAGUAAAGCCUAUCGCCAGGUGAGCAUCCAUCCUUCCACGAGGGAGCACGCUGUUCUUGGCUUCCCCGACCCACAAGGCAAGUGGGAAUUUUACAUAGCCCAGAGCCUGCCUUUUGGAGCUGCUGCAAGCGUGUAUGGGUUCAACAAAGUUGCACUUGCGAUUCUUCACAUCAUGGUUGUCAAGUUCGCUGCAAUCGCGACCGACUUUUACGACGACUACACUGUAUAUGAAUUUCGCCCAGCUGCAUUCCUGCUGGACAAAGUCCUGAUGAGGCUGCUGGACCUGCUAGGGUGGACCUACGCGAAGUCUGGGCGGAAGUUUGUGCCGUUUGACAACAAGGUGGUCUCCUUGGGUGUUUCGUUGGGCCUUGACGAGAUAUGGGGAGGCACUCUCAAGGUCGAGAACAAAGCGGGACGUCUUGAAAAGAUUGCGGAGCUCCUCCGAACAGUCGCCCAGGGCGGAGCUGUGACGAGAUCUGAUGUGGCCUCGCUGCACGGCUUGAUCAACUUCGCAGGUGGAUUGAUUAUGGGCUUCGAGCUGAAGCCAACGUCGCGAAUGCUGUCCCGGGCCUUGUCGGGGCCUUUCCAAGGCAGUACACUCGAACUUCGACUGGCUUGUGCGUUAGCUCUGGAUGUCAUUGCGCAGUGCAGGCCAAAGCGGUGCCCAGCUACAAUUCUGCCGCCGAUUGUGCUCUACACUGAUGGAGCCUUCGAGAAGGGGCGAGGUACCUGGGGUCCGACCAGCCUUCGUCGCCUCCAACUCCGCGUUCUUCAGGUGGAACUUCUCCGGGUCGAAGUCGCGGGCCACGGCAUACUCCUUGAAGUGCUGGCCCUCCUCGGUGCACACCAGGCGUCAAUCAACACCGGGCUGCCUCGGAGCGUGUCUGCCUCCACUGGGACGAAGAGCCCUGGCGAGCGAAUCGUUUGA